AUGCCCGCCCCCCCCCCCCCACACACACCUGAUUAUUUUAUUCAGGAAAUUCGAAUUGAUCUAUCUAUCUAUCUAUCUAUCUAUCUAUCUAUCUAUCUAUCUAUCUAUCUAUCUAGUUUGUUCAUGCCUCUCUCUCAGUCUGUUUUCCAUGUUUUUCUCUUUCUCUCUCUGUUUAUUUCUUAUAUCUAUCUAUCUAUCUAUCUAUCUAUCUAUCUAUCUAUCUAUCUAUCUAUCUAUCUAUCUAUCUAUCCUUGUCUGUUUAUAUCUAUCUAUCUAUCUAUCUAUCUAUCUAUCUAUCUAUCUAUCUAUCCUUGUUGUUUAUAUCUAUCUAUCUAUCUAUCUAUCUAUCUAUCUAUCUAUCUAUCUAUCUAUCUAGUUUAUUCAUGCCUCUCUCUCAGUCUGUUUUCGAUGUCUUUCUCUUUCUCUCUCUGUUUAUUUCUUAUAUCUAUCUAUCUAUCUAUCUAUCUAUCUAUCUAUCUAUCUAUCUAUCUAUCUAUCUAUCUAUCUCAGUUUUUUCAUGUCUCUGUUGCAGUCUAUUCCUAA